AACUGUGUCUGGCAUUACAAAGCUUACAAUUACAACAAAACCCUUCCCACAACCUUUCUGUUGAGUUCUGUUAUAUUGUGUAUCUAACACCAAUCUAUACAUACAAUCUCUUGAAGAGCUUCCAUUCAUACAAGAAUGGAUGAAGUCAAAGACAAAUUCAAGGGAUUCAUGAAAAAAGUCAACAAGCCUUUCGCUGCUUCUCCUUCCGGCAAAUUCAAAGGCCAGGGCCGUGUUCUUGGCGGCGGAUCUUCCUCAACUCCUCCCGACCCGAACCCGACCCGUCCGGUGCCUCCGCAAAGGUAUGUCUCUGAUCAGCAGCCUCAGAUUAAUAUUGAUCGCGCUAAAUUAGAAUCAAAUGCUAAAAAGGUUGAUGAUUCGGAUGAUAAGAUUAGAGAUGAGACUCGGAUGUUAAGUAAAUUGGAGCUGGAGUCGAAACCGAACCCGAAACCGAAAGACGGUUUUGAUCCGUAUGAGUCGUUAGUUACUACUGGUAAACGGAAUAAAAACGGUUAUGCUUUGGAUAAUGUGUUUGAAUGUCCGGUUUGUGGAGGUGGUUUUACUUCCGAGGAGGAAGUUUCGGUUCAUAUUGAGAGUUGUUUGAGUAAUGUAGAGGCGGAUAAUCUGCCUGAUGAAGCCAAGGUGGAAAGUCGGAGUGAGCUGGAAACGCGUGUUGGUGCAUAUAUGUCUGGAAAUCCUAAUGAAGGAGCGGUAGAGAUUGUACGGAAGUUGUUGAGUAAUAUAGUUAAGGAACCGGAGAAUGUUAAGUUUAGGAAGAUUCGGAUGGGGAAUUUGAAGAUUAAGGAGGCUAUAGCCGAUGUUGUUGGAGGAGUGGAGUUGUUGGAGUUUUUAGGGUUUGAGUUGCAAGAGGAAGGUGGUGAAAUGUGGGCAAUUAUGGGAGCUCCUUCAGGUGAUACGAUCGCGGCUGUAAAGAAUGCGAUAGCUUUAUUGAGUCCACAAAUUGUGGAAGAAUCUAAAAGCAAUAUUCCAGUUAAGGCAGUUGAACCGGUGGAGCUUAAGCAAGUUGACAGACAGACACGAGUGUUCUUUUCCGUCUCUGAGAAUAUAGCAGCUAAGAUAGUGCUGCCAGAUUCAUUUUAUAAGCUCACGGCUGAAGAAAUUAAAAGAGAAGCUGAUAUGAAACGGAAAAAGAUUGCUGAAUCCCAGCUCCUGGUUCCAAAAUCGUACAAGGAAAAGCAAGUAAAAGCUGCAAGGAAGAGGUACACAAAAGCUGUAAUUAGAAUACAGUUCCCUGAUGGAGUAGUGCUUCAAGGGGUCUUUUCUCCCAGGGAGCCUACUACGGCUCUUUAUCAGUUUGUGAGCUCAGCACUCAAAGAGCCCAGCCUGGAAUUUGAGCUAUUAGAUCCUGUUCUUGUCAAACGGAGAGUGAUUCCGCAUUUUCCUCCAGCAGGAAAGAAAGCCAUUACUCUUGAAGAGGAGGAUUUGGUUCCUGCAGCCCUUAUCAAGUUUAGACCUAUUGAAACAGAUUCCAUUGUAUUCACGGGUCUCUGCAAUGAACUUCUGGAAAUCAUGGAACCCCUUAUACCUGACUCUGCGGUCCCUCCCUUGUAAGGUCCUUGUUUGCUAGAAUUUAUUGUAUAAACGGAAGGAGGUUUUUUUUUUACAGGUUUCUAUUGGUUCCCAGCCAGAUUGGAAACUACAGUAAAUUUCAUCCUCUCUUAUUUUGCAACUGGGUUAGAUAUAGGGAAUAUUCCUGCAAAAUCUAAGCCGAAGCUGCAGUUAGAUGGAUGUAAUCUUUGCAUUUUUAAUACAGAAAACAUGUAAAUGGUACUUUUUUUAUAAUAUUUUAUACCCGGGGAUAUUAGGAGA